AUGGUAUAUUCACUGAGAAAUAUGAACAUAACUAUGGAUGUAUGGCUGAUCUGAGAAACGGAGAAAGGCCAACUUUUUAAAUUAGGUUUAGUGCUAGAGCAUUGAUUUAAAAUUCAGACAGUAAUCAAAUGAUAUUUGAAAAAAAUCUUUGAAAUUGCAGAUUUUUGAAUAAAUACCGUUACAACUUAUUCUUCGAAGUUUAAAAGUAAAUGAAGAGCUAAAUUUAUUCUAGAUAAUUCUUACUUUAAUUCAUUCUGAAUUCUUCUUAAAUUAUUUCACUCGAAUUUACUAAUUUUUUACCAUGAAAGACACUUAAUUUAA